CAAUGUUUCCAAACACGGCACUCCCUGCACGCUCCCCGCCUCCGCCUCCCCGCGGCAGCGCGAACGCGGCUCUUCCGCAAGACACCGGAGCCGCCAGGGCUGCCGGCAGCGGGGCGGAGGACAGCGAAGCCGCUUCCUGCAGCACUCCCCGGACAGCCCUACAAGACACAGCCGCAGCUCCCGGCACAGCCUCGGCUGGGCGGCCCCGGGACCGGAUCGGGAUCGGGAGCGGAGGGCGGGGCUACGCAGAGACCCCGCCUCCUCCCACGCCCACCAAUCGCGGCGCCUCCAUCUCCGGCGCUGGGGGGCGCGCGGCGCUGCCCGUGCGCGCCUCCCGUGAGGCUUCGCGGCGGCGGCGCCAUUUAAACCCGGGCCGGCCGUUGGGGGGGGCGUGGUGCUGCUUCCUCGUUCCCCGGCGCUGGCGGGCCUGGAUCGCGGCGGCGGCAUGAGGCCCCAGGGAGACCGGUCGGUGCUGGGCAGCCCCGCGGUGGCCGUGGCCUUCCCGGGAGCCGUGUGCCGGGGCAGCGGCUGUCGCUUCGCCUGCGAGCUCCUGAAGCACGUCCUGCACCAGCGGAACCAGCUGCCGCUGCCCUACGAGCAGCUCGCGUACUUCUGCCGGCGGGCGGCCCAGGAUGGAGAUAGAAUCGGGAAGCCACUCUCCCUGGGUUUGGCUAGCAGAAAGUGCCAGCAGCUGCUGAUGGAACUAGAGGGAUUGUUCCAGCACCUAGAAGUCAUGUUUAGUCUGACGCUGGUUCCUCGGGUUCUUUUCCUACUUGGUGGCAACGUCAUGAACCCCAAGGAGCUCUAUGAGCUGAACUUGGAAGGGUUCUGCGAGGGUGCUGCUGAAGAGAGCCUCCAGACUGCACCCUGUGUUCGCCAGCUCUUUCACCAGCUCUUUGUGGCUGAUGUCUUCAGCGAACUUAAGGCUCUCCCUGUCACGGGCACUCUUGUCCUGGUGCAGGGACACCGUGACUGUGGUGUUGAGUGGUUCCGGCCCAAGCUCAACUACCAAGUGCCAACCCGAGGGAGGAAGCUGACUGUCAAGUUGUCCUGUGAUGGAGGCCUCCAUGUUAGUGCCUCACCUGCACAGCACACUGCACCUGCGUGGGAGGACUAUGUCUGGUUCCAAGCACCAGUGACCCUCAAAGGCAUUAGUGAAUGAAUUUAGUGGAAUAUUGAUUACUUUUUUUUUCUUUUUACAUAGGUCUUAAUUUUAACAAAUGCAACCAUGUAUUUUUGAAUCAUGUCUGUAUUAAUUUUUUCUUCAUGGUGUCUGCUAACUUCCUGUAGCUUGCUGUGCUCAUCUAUUGUCCUUAUUUCCUGAGUUGUUGAAGGCAAAUCCACUUGAAAGCACAGUUGCACACAGAUUCUUUAGGGACCUGAUCUGUGACAUGGAAUGAAUUAAUUUUUGGGGGGUAAAACUCCCCUGCUUUCUGCUUGCUGAACUGGAAAAGGCUGGUCACACACAAUUUCCACCUGACUUUUAAUAUGAUCAUUUCCUGAUCCUGCCUUGCUUCCUGCCAAAUAACUCUGGAAGAAAAGCCAUCUGCAAUCCUUAAAAGGCUCCCCAUAGCAAGAAAACCAGUGGGCAAAACUGGAGCAGGACACAGACGUAAUAUUUUUGCAGAAGAGGAAUUUAUUUCAAGCUGGUGAGGAAUGGGGUAGGAUGAAGGCAGUUCCUCUACAAAGGGCUGGAGCUGCUAGGGCUGCUGAGGAGCUGGGUGGAGCCAUGUCCAGAGGCCCCCUGGCAACCCUGCAAGCAACAGGCACAGUUGCCAUGAGUACUUGAGUACUCAAGUGUUUGCCCAUCUAUUUGAUAAAAUUACCCUUCCCCAUGACUCACUUUCUGUUCUGCAACAUUCCACAGUAAGACGUUUCAGCAACUGGAAAAUCUUGUAGCUAGUGCUGCCUUGAAGAUUGAAAGAGACAGGCACAGUGGAGGCCUAACAGCCCUGACAAUUGGUUACAUAUGAGAUUAAAAGUAAGCAGUUUCUUUGCUAAACCCUCUUCAGAGAAAGUUAGAAGUGCUGCCCCAAUAAUGGAAGAUUGCUGUCACUUGAGGAAGAAAGUUUAGACUUCAAUGUUUCUGAAAUGCGUAGAAGUCAAGGGAAUGUGAUCAAGUUUAGUGCUAGCCUUACCUGCCAAAUUCCUUUUCUUAGUCAGAUUGUGUCACUUAGAAUCAGAACUUUAUUCUUCUGGGCUGGUGUCUACUGCAGAACGGGAUAGGGAGAAAAGCCUUGAGAGCAGUGUGUUAGAACUAGGUAUCUGCUGGAGUUGUCUUCAGUCAGCUGGUCAAUUGUCUGUGCUGUAAUGAGCUUUCAGUAGCUUCAACUAACUCCAUCCCAUUUGAAGAGAAAUGUGAACCUACUGAUUCAUGUGAGGGUACUUGCUGUUAUGAGUCAAAAAUGCACAAUGGGAUGAUAAAACUGCUUUGCUGAAGAGGGUAAAGAUUGAAGUAAUCCUCUGUACGUGGUGCAUAUUUUAACUUUGACCUUUUGGGAUGAAUGAGAUGAUGGAAGUAGUAGGAACUUAAUUUGCUAUUUUUGAGCUUGAAGAACACUAGAAUACUCUCUGCUCUAUUAUACAUUAAUAUCUCUUUACAAGGUGCAGUAGCUGCUGCUUAAGCUAGUUAUAGGGGAAAAACUGCCUGAUGUGCAGGUGCCCACUUGAAUAUGAAAUCCCAGGUCUCUUGAAGGGAAUAUAACUUGAAUGUAGGAGUGUUUGUGCUCAGGAGAUCAAAGCCCUUUAUGCUUCCACCAAAGCUGCUUGUAAGGUAUAUUUAAGGUGCCCAAGUGUUUAAAGAAGCCUUGACCAUUUCCCUUCACCUCUCUUCCUCCAAUGAGUGCAAUGUUACUGCAAUAAACUGUUUACAUAUUCUAUUGUACUUGAACUAUCAAUGCAGAAAUUAUAUGGUGCUGGAAAUGAAAGAAAACAAAGUGCUUUUUGGAUUUUUCUGGCUUUUUUUUUUUCUUAUGAAAGCAGGUAGAGCUUGAUUUAAAAAAUCAGUGGUGUAAUUAUUAUAAAAAUAAAAUGCUGGUUUCUAUCUGUGAUUAUUUUGAGGGAUUAAACAAAUCUGAUCUAAAGGUCUGC